GAGCUGGGGCCGUGGCGGUGCUGCUGUGUCCGCAUCCAUGCCCGGGUUGUGGGAGCGGCUGGCGGGCGGCGAGCGGGGCCGCCUGGAGACCUCCGACUGCGAGUCUCUGGGCAGCGCCUCCGGCUCGGAGGGAGAUGCCGAGUACGCCGAGGGGGUCUCCCUGCCGGACAUGGACCUGGAUCUGCUGCACGAUCCCGAGGACGAGCUGCUGUGCGCCAACCUGAUGGACGUGGUGCAGGCCACGCUGGGCCGGGCCCCGCUGGGCGCCAAGCGCCGCUCCCGGCUCCUGAUGCCGGCGCAGCUCCAGGCGCAGGUGCGGACGGAGCUGCUGCGCCUGGCGUGCAGCGAGCCCUGCGGGCUGCGCGGGGCCCUCUUGGACCUGUGCGUGGAGCACGGCAAGGCCUGCCACGACGUGGGGCACAUCGCCGCCGACCCCGCCGUGGUGCCCACCUUCCAGCUCACCCUGGUGCUCCGGCUGGACUCCCGCCUCUGGCCCAAGAUCCAGGGACUCUUCGCCUCGGGGCCGGCCUUCGCGCCGCUGAAGCUGAGCACGGGCUUCAGGGUGAUAAAGAAGAAGCUGUACAGCUCCGAGCAGCUGCUCAUCGAGGAGUGCUGAUGGAGGAGCCGCUUUCCCAAGGCGCUUCGGAAGAGCCGGGCAGAGCGUGGCGGCUCCUGGCAGCCGCUGUAGUUUAGGUUAGGCUGGAGUAGGGCUGUAGCUGGAAGUAGCUGGGGCAGGCCGAGGUCCCCGUGGGGGCCUGCCCGUGCCCGGGACAUCCCUGGCGUGGAGCGGCCGGGACCCAGGCUUCGGAGGUGGCUUCACGCCCUCGAUGAUUGCGGGAUGAUCCCGGAGGCGGCAGCAGGGCUGCCGGAGGGGUGCCGCUCUCCUGAUGGCUGAUCAGUCAUGGGCUUUUUUUUUUUUCUUUUUUUUUUUUUUUUUAUUUUUGUAAACCAGGAUUGUAAUCAAUGGGGUCUCAGGGGGAGGGGGAGCGCGGCAGCGAGUGACGGCCGAGGGGGUCUGGAGCAAAGGCAAAGCCCGGCUGGAAUUGUGUCUGAUCACAAGAGGGGCCGGAGGGCAGGACCCCUGGCCCUGACACGCUGGGGGCACUUCGUUGGUUACAGUUUACACUCAUACACUUGAUGUUCAAGUGUGAGAAUUCCUAUGCAAACGUGUCGCGUAGUUUUUUUUUUUUUUUUACUUUUCUAAUAAAACUUGUCUUGAUUGAUGA